AUGAACGAACUUCCAACCGAAAUCUAUCUACACAUCUCGGGCUGGCUCACGGUCCGAGAACUGGCGAGGCUAAACCAAUGCAGCAAGAUCAUCAACAACAGAUGGGAAUCUCAUUUACUAUCCAUUCCCGUAGCUAGGGACCAAUUGAUGUACUGGGGCUGCUCCCGUGGGCAAACAUGGGCUAUCCAGAAAGCCAUCUCAUACGGCGCUGACGCGAGCGCCGUUGGCGUCUGGUCAAAUUUCGAAAUCGCAGAAAAUCCUGUCCAUUCGACUUGUCUAAAUUUGCCGGACACAAGAUCUACACUCGUGCUUGCCGUGCAGCAAGAUGACUUGGUCACCUAUGAGUUUCUGCUACGUGCUGGCGCAAGAAUCGACCCGGCGGAUAACAAAGGCCAGCAGCGGUGGGAACUGUUGGCCAGUUGCCUGUUCAACUUCCAGCGGCCGGAACCGCUGCGUCUAUAUUUGAAAUAUGGAUUAAAACGAGAUAUUCCGUAUUUCCAGAAUGAGCUCGAUAGAACCCUCCGUAAGUCAGUAUUCAACCGUGUUAGCGAGGAUACCUGCCGAGCAUGGUUGGACCUGGGAGCGAACCCCCUUGCCGUUGGUGGAGGACACGGUACGGAGGGAAGCGGAUCUGCUCUCGCAAUGGCGAUGGUGACAGGUCCAGUUCCUUUGGCACGCUUAAUGAGGACUCGGGCGUCGGCUGAUCUUUCGCUCGCUCAUCUUUAUUCGUUUGUCCACUCGGGUGUAUGCGUUCCCUCAUAUCAUGAAUCAGUGGCUUGUGUAUCCGUCCUUGCUGCCGCUCAUAACCUGGCCGAUUCUGGAGUACCCGAUAUGAUUGAUUUGUCUUUGGAAGCGCACGAGAACAUCAACGCGACGGUCGUGUCACAGCUUGAGCUGCCUGGGCCAAGGCAAUGGUACAUAAUGAACGCUGUGAUGGCGUAUGUGCUCCGAGUGGACUGUGAUAGGGGUCGGGAAGCCGGAACUCUGUCUCCUUCAGAGGGUCUACAGUAUUUAUUUCACAAAGGAGGUCUGGCUCUCAACACCCACGCCGGCCAUCUUGCUGGCUAUCCUACUCAAUCGCUACUUUGCCUGUUCUGGCAUAAAUGGGAUCGCCUUGACGGUCUGCUGAACAAUGAGGUCUACGCCAUGCUUCGAAUCCUUGCGCGCAAGAAGGCAUCUCGGGGACUCUUACUCGGUUUCCUGUCUUCCAUUCGAACUCGACGCAAAAACACCCAGCUCAUCAAGAGUCUAGAUCAACACGAUAUCGUUACUAGUCGUUGGAGCAGCCUCUUGGAUGUGAUGCUCACAGAAAGAAACUGUUUGCUUGUAUUCCAGGACGAGAUGAAUAACUUGUUCUUUCGCCUUUUAUUGCACACAAUGGAGCAGCUCGUCAAGCGAGAUAUUGCACUGAGUCGCAACGCGUUGCGAACUGUUUCGCCGGAUACUGAUUGCUCAACUGACGAAUGUGAGGUGAUAACAAUUCAAAAACUCAUCAACAAGGGCGCCGACAUCAAAUGGACACCAACGUGGGGUGAGUACAAGGGCCAUUCUAUACUGGAUUGUAUUGCUCGCAGGUACAAUCGCCACGAAAGUCUCUAUCAGCCCACGGUACAAUAUAACGAGCAGCGCUCGUUUGUGAAUACUCUGAUUAAGCUUGGCGCAGAGCGGCCCGAUGACCUUUUGUCAGAACUUCUCUCAAAAGCAGACACCGCCAGCGAGAGAUGGGUCCGGUUCGUGUUUGGCGAGGUUCCGGAGGAAGAGACUCUUCUGUGGAACUCAAGAGCCGCCCUUCUACUCGGAUGA